CAUCAUCAGUCAGGCUGAAUAAGAGUUUCACACAUGACUGUUUAUAUUUUUCCAGAUUAUGUUGACAGCAGUGUCCAGUACAUGGCGCUCUUCAUCUCCAUCACAGUCUGCACCAUCGUCCUCGGCCUCCUCCUUCUCUUUUUCUACGUCAGAUAUAAGCGCCAGGAUUCACAGCCACCAUACAGUAUCGAUCUGGAGCAGGAUGACACCUACAUCCCUGUUGGGGAGUCUCUGAAGGACCUUAUAGAGCACUCUCGAAGCACAGGGUCUGGCUCAGGUUCAGGUCUCCCUCUACUGGUGCAGCGAACCAUUGCCAAGCAGAUUCAGAUGGUGAAGCAGAUCGGCAAAGGGCGUUACGGAGAGGUGUGGAUGGGCAAAUGGAGAGAGGAGAGAGUGGCCGUCAAAGUCUUCUUCACCACGGAGGAGGAGAGUUGGUUCAGAGAGACUGAGAUUUAUCAGACCUUCCUGAUGAGACAUGACAACAUACUGGGAUUCAUAGCAGCUGACAUCAAAGGAACAGGCUCGUGGACUCAGCUGUACCUGAUCACAGACUACCAUGAGAACGGAUCCUUGUACGACUACCUCAAGUCCAACACCUUAGACAUCAAUUCCCUGUUGAAACUGGCCUACUCCGCUAUCUCGGGCCUGUGUCACCUUCACACUGAGAUCUGUGGCACGCAGGGCAAACCAGCCAUCGCCCACCGGGACCUGAAGAGUAAGAACAUCCUGGUAAAGAAGAACGGCUCCUGCUGUAUCGCAGACCUCGGCUUGGCUGUCAAGUUUAACAGUGACACAAACGAGGUGGACAUCCCUCCAAACCUUCGUGUGGGCACCAAACGCUACAUGCCUCCUGAAGUGUUGGACGAAAGCCUGAACAGGAAUUAUUUCCAGUCUUUUAUAAUGGCUGACAUGUACAGCUUUGGUCUCAUUGCUUGGGAGAUGGUGCGACGCUGCAUUUCUGGAGGUAUAGUAGAAGAGUAUCAGCUGCCCUACUAUGACCUGGUGCCCACUGAUCCUUCUUAUGAGGACAUGAGGGAAGUUGUCUGCAUUAAGAAACAAAGGCCGUCAUUUCCAAACCGCUGGAGCAGUGAUGAGUGUUUACGACAAAUGGGCAAACUCAUGUCCGAGUGCUGGGCCAACAACCCCGCCUCUCGCCUCACGGCCCUCAGGGUGAAGAAAACGCUGGCCAAGAUGUUGGAAUGUCAAGACAUCAAAAUGUGACAGGAAAUGAAGAAAGAUGUUGUCAUCACAUGGAGACCAGUCACUGCCACUGGCUCUACAGCGCUCACACUGGCCAAUGAGAAAAAGGGAGAAAAAAAAACACAAACUGGGAAUGAUGAGACAGGAAAUGGACAGGAAACGAGAAAUGGACAGAGCCAGAAAAAUGAGAUGUGAAAGACUGAUGAGGUCAAAGGAGGCGUGUCCUCCUGUGUUCAGGUUGUGCUUUCUGUGAAAGCUGAGUAUUUUUGGGUCCAGAGGACAGGGACCCACGGCAGGACAUGGGAACCAGAGGUCCCACUCUGAUCUGAUCGAUCUGGAGGAGUCUCCUGCUCUGUCCUUCAAAAGCCAUACAGCAGUAUUCACUGUGCGGUUGCCUUCGUGUGUGUGUGUGUCGUGUCUCAGACUCAGACACAGACACAGCAGACGGUCGUGACUGUCCGUCUGUCCAGACACACACAAGUCAAAGAUGAUUUUUUUUUUUUUUUACAGAAAGUUUUUACACUUCACCGCAGACAGAAAGACACUUUAAUUCAAAUGUUCUUUCAGUUUUGGGAAAAGAAGUCAGAUGUUAACAGGUAAAUGUUCAGGUCUUUGGUUCAACAGAAGAUUCAACAGGUUUUCAUUUAAAAAAAAGAAAAGAAAAUUCAUAACACACGUCUUAGAACUUUUGGACUUACCAACCACAGGUCAACCUGUUGUCCAGGGGAAUGUCUUCUACUUGUACGAUCUUCCCACACGUCCUCGUCGUAGUCACAGGUACGGGUACACACAUCGCAGUAUUUGUUGCGUUUGAAGAAGUGUACCAACUUUUCUGGAAAAAAGCAGUUUAAAGUACAUGUCCAGUGACAUAUUAUUAUUAUUAUACAGAGUUGGACUACAUUAUUAGAGACUGGUUAUAUUUAUAUUAGGUGAUAUUUGUAUUUGAAGUAUUGACGACGAUCCAUUUGUGAAAGGUUUUCUUUCUUCAAGCCUCGGAGUUCUUCCGCGUUCUUCAUCACCUCCUCUUCGUUUUACUCCAUUUGUACAUAGUUUUGCUGGAAUAUAUUAUUAAGUAUUGUAUUUUGGUGUGUUUUUUUUUUUUGGUGAUUUCCAUGUACAGAAUACGCCCGGUCCACUCCACAACCACCAACGGCACGUGCCUUAUUUAAUCUGUACAUAAGUGAUGAGGAGGGUGAAGAGUGGGGCGUGGACCACAUUCCCUAAUAAAACAACUGUGUCGGUGAAGUCAUGCACAGAAACACAGACAGAAAAAAAAAGAUCUUCUUCGUUUGUUGUUUUUUUCUUUUUUUCCCCAAUGUUGCAUAUAAAUAUAAUUUAUUAUUAGUUUUAAAAAUUCUUUCUUACACUUUUUACAGUAGCACGACAGGUGAGAUGCAAGCGGCGGCUGGAGGACCAGGUGAGUGCUGGAGAAGAAAAAAAAAACGGGUGACAUUCUCACUGUACAACACCGUGAAUCAUGAGGCCCCGCGUCGACGGGAGGAGGAGCAGAUGCAAAAGGUCCAACCACGGACAAGAGUUCACGAUUGUUUCCAAAAGGGUGCAACGGUUUGCAUAGACGGCCCGAACCAAACAACUGCCAACGUGAUAACAAAAAAAAAAAGAGUCGAUUUAGAACACACUCCAACAGUCACAGCUGCUGCUGGAUCAUUUACAGCCAUCGCUAAUAUAUAUAUUCAUACAUAUAUAUUUGAAGCACAGACUCGGUGUCGUCGUAUACAAAGUGAAUGGCUUCUGUCUUUAAUGAACAAGCAGAGAAAUCGGACUUCGGACGAAUGCAGGAGUUCAGUUUUGGAGACACAGGAAGUGUCUGCUCGUGAUGAGUGAUACUGGACAUUUAGAUGACCGUGUAUUAAAUUUAGUCCUAGAAAAUGUGUCCUUUCCUUUUUUUCUUUUUUUUUGGUACAAAGCAGUUGAAUUCUGAUGCAUUGGUCCUAGAAAAAUAUACAUAUUUGAUCCUGCGCUGUUCCCUCACGUUUCUUUCUCAACUUACAAAACGCCAUCAAGAGGAACGUCACAUCACAUCGACCGCCCUGUGUUGAUCAACUGGUGGAGUUUAACGAAAUUAUACCAAAGUUAAAUGUAAAAAAAAAUAACUUAUUUAAAAACAUUUCAACGACUCGUGACUAAAGAUAAAAUCAUCAUUAAAAAUCAAACAUUAGUUAAAACAGCAAGACUAAAAUGGUUCCACCGUUCGUUCUUCUGGAUGAGCCGUUACCGCAACAGUCCACCAGAGGGUAGUAAAAACCAAGUCAACCGAAAAGUAAAAAUGUGAGGACACAACAAAGUAAAUUUCCCUAACAGAUAUAAAUUACAAAAAAAAAAAAGAAAAAGAAAAA